AAAAGAUCUCGAGCAGACCCAAGUCAACUAAAUUGUGAUAGUGAUGAUGAUGGUGACGAUGAAGCGCGAGCCCUAAUUAAGGAGAAAAAAGGACCUCAGGCACUCAGUGAUGUGGAAAAAAAGGGCUCAUCAUUGUGGUGUAUUUUUUUAAGGACAGCUCGCUCUGUGAGCAGAUGACUGCCGCUCACCUUGCCACGGGGUCUGCGUGAGAUUGGUUCAUUGUCAAGGAUUUUUUUUUUACCCAUGAUUCCAUAUGGUAUGGAGUGGGCUACAUGUUGCCCAACAUGCCAGUGCAAAUGUUUUCUCAAUUAGGUGUCUUAUCUCCGGUGAGUGCACUAGCAUCAGAUGAAGCUUGCUGACAGCGUAAUGGCAGCUAAAACCUCGGAAGGCUCCAUCAAAUGGCAGCUCUGCUACGACAUCUCGGCCAGGACUUGGUGGAUGGAUGAAUUCCAUCCUUUCAUUGAAGCACUGCUGCCCCAUGUGAGAGCGUUUGCCUACACUUGGUUCAACUUGCAGGCCCGCAAGAGAAAAUACUUCAAGAAGCACGAGAAGCGCAUGUCUAAGGAAGAGGAGCGAGCCGUAAAGGACGAGCUGCUCAGCGAGAAGCCGGAGGUCAAGCAGAAGUGGGCAUCGCGGCUGCUGGCCAAACUCCGCAAGGACAUCCGGCCGGAGUUCCGCGAGGAUUUUGUGCUCACUGUCACCGGGAAGAAGCCCCCUUGCUGCGUGCUCUCCAACCCCGACCAGAAGGGCAAGAUGAGGAGAAUCGACUGCCUGCGUCAGGCGGACAAAGUGUGGCGCUUGGACCUGGUCAUGGUGAUUUUAUUCAAAGGUAUUCCGCUUGAAAGUACUGAUGGCGAAAGGCUGGUUAAGUCUCCGCAGUGCUCGAACCCGGGGCUGUGCGUUCAGCCGCACCACAUAGGAGUUUCCGUAAAGGAGCUCGACCUGUACUUGGCCUACUUUGUGCAUGCAGAAACGGGGCAGUCUGAAAGUCCGAACCAGCCUAGUGAAGGUGACAUCAAGGACCAGCCAGAAAAUGGGCACCUUGGCUUCCAGGACAGUUUCGUCACAUCAGGUGUCUUCACCGUCUCUGAGCUCGUGCGAGUCUCACAGACCCCCAUCGCGGCAGGGACGGGGCCCAACUUUUCGUUGGCAGACUUGGACAGCUCUUCCUACUACAGUAUGAGCCCUGGGGCCAUGAGGCGCCCCCUACCCAGCACUUCUUCUAGCAGUUCUGCAAAGCGUAUCAAAUGCAUGGAGGAUGAGGUGGACAGCCCGGGAGAGGAGUCCUACUACCCAGGUCAGGGACGCUCGCCUGGAAGCGGCAGCCAAGCCAGCAGCUGGCAUGAAGUAGAGCCAGCUGGAUAUAAACUGCGUGGCUCGCUAGCUAGUUCGUUCAUCUCAAGACAAGGGAUGCCAUCGCCUACCACAUUAAAGAAGUCAGAGAAGUCUGGUUUCAGCAGCCCUGUGCCUUCGCAGACCGCUUCCCCUCGAACGGCAUUCACACACCAUCAUCGACCUGUCAUUACAGGACCCAGAGCGAGUCCUCACGCCACGCCGUCAAGUCUUCAUUUCCCGACGUCGCCAAUCAUCCAGCAGCCCGGCUCGUACUUCUCCCACCACGCCAUCCGCUACCACCCCCAGGAGACACUCAAGGAGUUUGUCCAACUUGUCUGCCCUGACAGUGGUCAGCAAGCUGGACAGGUGGGCUUCCUUAAUCCCAACGGGAGCAGUCAAGGGAAGGUGCACAACCCGUUCCUGCCCACCCCCAUGUUGCCGCCUCCUCCUCCUCCCCCGAUGGCGCGACCCGUGCCCCUGCCCGUGCCAGACUCCAAACCUCCCUCCACCUCCACCGAGGGAGGCGGCAACUCCCCCACCUCGCCAACCUACUCCACACCGAGCACGUCUCCUGCUCAGCGCUUUGUCAGCGUGGGCCCCAGAGACCCCAGCUUUGUAAAUAUCCCUCAGCAGCCUCAGUGGUACCUGGGCUAAAGACUCCCGACACGGACCGGCCGCUCCCGAGGUCACACGACCACCCCCUCUGUCUCCCCUGAGUACGACCCGCAAACAUGUACACCAGUCUGAACAGAGAGAAGCCACUUGCUGCCCCAAGUACCGGACAGACCCACAGCAUGGCUCCAGCAGAACCCCGCCAAGCCCUGGAACAAGAGGAACCGACUCAACGCGCUUACACCCACUUACUAUAUAUCUAUAUAGUCCAUAUGUAUUCUUCCAUAUGUAUGGUUUACAUGCCUAUAUUCAUAUAUAGUAGCUGUCCAGCUCUUCUGAGGGUGGAGCUCGGAAAAAAAAAAGAAGAAGAGCUUCGUUUUCUUGGAAACGUGCACGUUUUUUUUUUUUUUUUUUUUUGGUUUUGUUUGGUUUUGUUGUGUUUUUUGGUUCACCCUCAAAGAUAGACGAGGAAAACGUAACAUGACGCAAUCAAAGAGCUUCCCGCUUCUGUGCCUGUGGUCUUAAAGUGAAUUCAAAGGCGUUUCCAACGCAGUCUACGGCUAAGGGUCGCAAACCCGCUAACCACCCGGAGGUCGGAGCUCUGCCUUUCAGUCACUCACAGUGUUUUGACGGAUCAGUCCGGUUUUCGUAUCGGUGAACGUUGGAGGUUUCGCCUGGGUCAGAUAUGCCACCAGCUAAAAAAAAAAAAAAAAAAAAAAAAAAAAAAAUCUCUAUUGCGUCUGCUGGCCAGGACCAUUUCCUCCCCUUUCCACCAUCAUCACCACCACCAUCAACACCAUGUCAGAUCAAGAACUUUCAAGGACUCAACCAAACCCAUUUUUUUCAGUUGUUUUGUGUCAUUUUGGGGCAGGCGAUGAAGAAGUCAUGAACGGUGAUGUUUGAUAUCAGGUCAUUUUACGGUAUGCUAACGGGAGAUCUCCCUCCCCGUUUGGAGGCAUGUUCAUAUUUUGUGUUUUUCGUACAAAAAAAAAAAAUCAUCGCGAUUCUUUCUACUAAACCCCAGCGGAAGGUCUGUCGCACGCCAAGGGCCGAGUAAAGGUUCGAUCUUCCAUAAACUUCAAGAAAAGGUUAACCGUGAAUACUGAAUUGAGGAAAGUGCAAUUUUGUUGGGUAGAUGUUGGAUUGUUAAAUAUCUUUGUAAGAUAGAUCGUUGAAGCGAUUGUUGAAAAGUAUAUAUAUAAAUAUAUAUAUAUUUUUCUUCCUAGUCCAUUCACACCUCCAGGACUCUAAAAUAUCGGGGUACAAAAAAGAAAAAAAAACACGUAAAGAGAAAAAUAGAACAAAUAGCCUUGUGAGAAAUAAGGGGAGCUGUAAUUGAUUUUUCUGUUGUUGUUUUUUUUAUGUGUUUGUUUGUUCGUUCAUCGAUUGUUAGCAUUGUAGAACAAAUAUCCCUUUAAGAAAUCUCAACGUUAAAACAAUCAAUUUAGUUAAUUUCCAAAACGCUACAGCAAAUAUUUUCGUUUUAACCCUAGCACAUAACGAAACUCGUAAGAAAAUUAGCCGUUCGCAAAACCACGAACGGAAAAAAUCGACCGUUUAAAUGCCGACGCAAGAGGCGACAUACUGAACUAACUUCCUCGCGGACGCUUUUGAAAGCGGCGAACGAAAAUGUGAAGAUCCAGCUUUCCUCGCAUGCAAUUUUUGUCAUUGUUUUUUUUUGAGUUUUUGUUCGUUUCCUGUACGAAAUAUAUAUAUAUAUAUAUAAAUAUAUACACUUACAGUCUCAUCCACCGUCGAUCAAAGCUCAGUAAAGUAAAAAAAAAAAAAAAUUAAAGAAAAUAAUCUGCAUGUUCUAGUGUUAGUGACAAAUUUUUACAUAGAUUACGUAGAGUUAAAGUAGUGUGAAAAAUAUUGUAAUCCCAACAUUGGGCACUUGCCGAUCAAGUAUUUGUUUGGUCCUUUAAAAAAAAAAAAGGGUAUUUUUACUGCUGUUCUCACAAUCAACCAGCUAAACAUCUCUCUGACUCUUCUUAGCUUGUCGUCAUUUCUAUAAAGUCUCCCUUCCUCCUUUAUUCCCGUCAGAACAAUCAUUUUCAUACGUACGCACUUCAUCAUCCCUUUUCCAACUGCACGAACAAUUCCACAUCGAUGUGCCUUGAGCGAUGGUCUAGUUCUGAGUUAUUGCACAAGCUGCAAUGUGGAGACUAUCUUUUUACUUUCCCAGCCCACCUUCCACGUGUAGUCAUUCGGAGAGAGUGAAAUUAGUGCUAAUUGAUAAUACGCAGUAUUACUCUCCAUUUAACUACGUAUCGCCAUUUUCGGUCGUCCGUUGCUUCAAAAACCCCAUCGUUUACACUUCAAUCAGUCGCAAGUCAAUCAUCCACCCGAGAAAAUGCAUCACGCAAAGGCUUUUGUGUCAUCGUGCCCUUUUUUCUCUGAGUUAACAGUAGUGUAUUGAUAUUUAUGGAUGUUGCUAAAAAAAUUCUAAAUGACAACUACUUUUUUUUUUUUUUUUUUUUUUUCGGUCUUCCUGUUCUUUUUUUUGCGUUCCCAGAGAUGAAUAAUGAGGAAAAAAUUAAUAUGCAAUACUCGCUUGCACUCAUGUAGUCUAGUCUUUUUUUUUUUUUUUAUAUAUAUAUAUUUUUUUACCACCAAAGUGAGCACUUGACAGGUCAAGUGGCUGAACGUCAGUGAGUUUUUCAUGCCCAUUGAUCAGCCUCACUUGGGUUUCACGCAACCAAUCAUCAGUGUUUUCGCAUACGUGUUUUUUCGGUCAAUCAAUCAAGCCUUAAAAACUAGGAACCUUCCUUUCCAUCACAAACACACAAAAGCAAACAGGACAAAAAAUAUGCCCAGUUUUUGUACAUUUUGACAAAGUUCCAUGUUAUAUUAAUUGUUUACCUGUUUAUUUUCUAUUGCAUAUAUCAUUUAAGAAAAAAAACUAAUUAUGGGGACAAAUUUCCCAGGCAUAUGAUGUGAUGGUUUAGUAGUUACACUUGUGUGGGUUUUUUUUUUUUUUUUUUUUUUUUUUUUUUUUUUUUAGCGUGAUUUAUUAUUUUGUCAUUGUUCUUGCCUACCCUUUAGAAAUGAGUUGGGCAUUACUUUCUUAAUCGUCUGCACUAAAUAUAAAAUAAUGACAAUUGUGAUAAUUGAGAAAAAAAAAAAGACAAAAAAAAAAAAGCUUCCAGGGCUUAAAAGAGCGAAGGGAAACAUGAUUGCACGGAUAUUUUUUGUCACAAAAACCUUGUUUAGAGCAGCCUGGCAUCUAAUCAGCGAGAUUGGCUGUGUGUGUAAGAUAAUGACAAAAUUGCACCCUUUUUAAAGAAAGAAAAAAGAGAAAAAGAAAUUCAAGCAAUAGUUUGGGCAGUCUGUUUUGUUCUCGUGUUGUGUGUGUAAUUUAGUUUUUUGGUACAAUGUUGGAGAAGACGCGGGAGAAGCAAACAAACCGAAUCGAUUAGAUACGAGAGAUAGGGCGGACGCACCUGAGUAUGGGAGAUUUGAUGUUUGUAUAUUGUAUAGUUUUAUUAAUUACACUGAUUUUAAAGCUGCCCUAUUUUAUAAUGCAGGACUUUUGUAACAUUGAUUAAAUGAGGAAAAACUAGUGUUGUGAAUUUUCUGAUUGUUUGUAUUAAGGCCACAUAAAUAGAACUGGUUUUGUUUGUCCUCUGGGGAACUGGAUUUAAGUUGAAAACUUCCUGUUUCCUGUUUUAUUUUAUUUUAUUUUUUUUGCUUUUUGCUUUCCUUUUUGUAUGUAUUUAAGGACUUAUUUCUUCUUUCGAUGGUAUAGAAGUACUCCUAUACUUGAAAAGUGUAGGAUGCCGAGGUGAAAACCCCAUUGUAAAUGGAUGUUACAAGUAUGCUGUAUGUUUUGAAGGUUAUUUGUUGCAUCAGUGUUGAUGAAGCUAAAUCUAGAUAAUUCUGAGGAUGUUGGUAAGAAGAGAGCGUUUUUAUGCAUUUUAAAAUUAGUUUUAGGCAGAAGACAAUGACAUAGACAGCCAAAGGAUGCCCCUAUUAUAAAUGCAUCUAGGCAUCUUUUUGUGUUCACCAUUCCAUGCAGGAAAAUAAACCGCUUGAUAUGCAACAUGAUUCUUUUUUCUUUUCAACUUCUUCAUCUUUCUUCCACCGCCCACCAGCGCACACAGACACCCGAGCAACGCUAAACGACGCGAACGUCGGUCACGAUAAAAGCCAUUCCUCCGUCGAUUCUACAUUUCAUGUGAAAGCGAGGCCCUCAGGUCACAUAACUCACACGAAGAUCGCUUGAUGGUGGUUUAAAACACUGAAAAGACGUACAAUUACUCAAAAAAAGACUUUUCUUGAGGAUAAAGGGACGAUGUUCAAAAAUAAGGACAUUUUGAGUUUGGCAUGUCGUCCACUUUCCCAUCCCAUUUUGUCAUUUUUCUGUUCGGUUUAGGUUCAACUGUCUUGUGUUGUUCACGCAGAAUAUAUAAAAUAUAACAUUUUAUUCAAAUCUGAACGUUCUACACUUUUAGUGAUAUUUUAAAGGGAUAGUUCACCCGCAAAUGAAAAUGGUCAUCAUUAAAUGUAUAGGAGUUUCUUUCUUCUGUUGAACACCCAAAGAAGAUAUUUUGACAAAAAUGUUGACUGUACCCAUUGAUUUCCAUGGUAUUUUUGUGUAUACUAUUGAAGUCGAAGGGUGCCGUCAACAUGUUAAUUUUUGGGUGAACUGUCCCUUUAAUACUUUCAUUAAAAAUAACAUCAAUGUCAUGCUAGUCCUAAAACAGGGUUGAAUAAAGGUCCCGCAGGCCUUUAUCAUUUUUAUGUCCCCAUUUUUGUGGGCCUACUUGUUGUAACGCUUUCAUUUGAGGCGGGAACAAAGCAUUGGACGUUUUAAGGCAGAAAUACGGCGUAUAUCAGGGUACUAUUCAAUGGUGAGACAUUUUAAAAUCUGAAAAGCCAAAAACACAAUAAUUGAAUCAAGUACGCGGCCGCUCGUUGAAAUAAACAACUACAGAUUUGACUACGGACUUUUUUGUUACUUAAACACCUUCACUUUCGGGGGUCGAUUUGCAGAACAGGGCCCGAAGACGAGCUUGGGUUGAUGUUCAGGGGGCCCAUCGUAGGGAUAAACAUGCUGUCAGGUUCACCACACCAUGACUUUAACCCCAUCAUGCACCGGUGGCAGGUGGCUUAACUGCACCAAACGGUAUCAUUACAAGGUGCUAAAUCUUGCUGAUCAAGUGGAGGCUAACUGGAAACGACCCUGCUUUCUGAUAGCAUAGCAGCGUAAUCCGCAUGAGAACUAUGCACUGACGACACGCUAAUCUAAUCAGAGUCUGGUACUUGCACCUUUGCCUUCCUCUUUUUUUAAGAACUCGUAUCGAAAUCAAAGGAAUAACGGAACUAAAAGCAAACCAGCAUUUUACCUGAUGUAUUUAAGAAGAUCAAAUGUAGUGCCUGUGAAAAACUGUAUUAUAUCGCUCUCUGAAUAUCAAACCAGUUAACAGUUUGUAAUCGUUUCUGUUUUCUCAACACCACUAGCCUUUUCUGAUUAUAGCUGUUCAGUAACCACACUCUAUAAACUGCAUGCGCCCUCCAUAACCAACAGAUAUAAACAUGACUAGAUGAUCUAACCCAGCUCUGCUUCCAGUCACAAUCCUCCAAGACGCUUCUCCGAUUCAUUCCGUUUACUUGUUCCCGACCAGUUUCACCGUAGUGUCAUUUUAUAGUGGAGUUAUAUGCUUCUACAAAAACAUCUGAAUUCUGGUCCAUGUCCUGCUGUAGCCCUCCAUUAUCUCCAACAACAAUCAUGAAGGUCUGUGUUUCCUCAUGUUCUCACACUCGACAAUCGAUACUCAGUGGAACUGGCCUCUUCUUGCCGUAGGUGCAAUUCAACAAGCUCUGGAGAUCUGAAGUUAAACACAAAAGGGUCUUUGACGGGGACGAGAUUCGUGAAGAACGAAUCCGAUUCCUUAAUGGUUCCUUUAACGAUUCUAUUAGUGGGUAUAGGGAAUAAAUCUAACAACUGGGCUGAGCUGCAAACAAAGCGCAUAUUCCAGUCACUAUGUUUUCUUUUUAUGUAAAAUAUUACUGAUAAACCCAGAUAAACGAGUUUUAGGACGUCCUCAAAAGAGCCGUUUGACUUCAAGCCAACUAAAGGGUAGGAUUCAAAUAUCAACGAGCGUCGACUCGUUUUAUUUUUAUCGAAAAUAAAAGUUUGCAUACCAUCAAGCCCAAAAGAGGUCUUCUAGCAGCCAGUGACACCCACAAACCGAAACAUACAGUAAACGGUUACUAUUGAAGUGUUUCCUCUUUGUUUAUACCGAUUAUUAAAUACCUUAAGGACUUGUACCACAUGUUUUGGAAACACGUGCUUGUGCGUAUUGUCUGAAUAGUUCUGCUAGACCCCUUCUGUUGAAAAUUAACCAGCACUGCGGCCCUAAUCGUAAAGAAGACAAUCGCGGCGGUUAGCGUGAAAGAUUUCACAUGAGUAUCUGGCGUGGUUUUACAAGAUCCCUUCAACCAACUCCACCACUCCAAACCUUCAUCUCCAUCACCUUCAUCAUUCAUAUAUCCAACGCUGUAUUGUGAGAAAACGUAACUAUUUUACAAAGCAGCGAUUUUGUGAAAAAGUACGCAAGACUGUUCAGCUGAGCCAGCAGGCAGGUUGUCGCCAAUAUCUGAUUCGCAGAAGCGUAAAAUAGUUACGAAUUGCCACGAGUGUUUUGGUAUAGCAUAAAGCUCCAUCCCACAUCACUGUAAACAUACGUUUUAGAUACAAUCUAAAAAAAAAUUAAUAAUAAUUAAAAAAAUAAAUAAAACCUUGUGCCUCUAAUACAUUUCCUGAAGAAAACUUCACGUUGUAUUGGUACCAGCUCCGUAACUAGUUCCACGGAGCUUCUGUAUUUGAGCUGUGAAUGACUUUGUUUGCUUUUCGGUUCUUACUCUGAACUUUUUUCCUUUUAUUUUCGUUUUAUGUUUUUUUUUUUCCUGUGUGUAGUGACAUUGCCCCUUUCUCUUGGAGCCAUUAGUGUCCACCUCCAUUGACUCAAUUACUAAAAGCAAGAUGUGCAUUUCCUAUGCAACGAGAAAUGAGAGAGAAAAAAAAAAAAAAAAGAAAGAAACCGAAAUAAAAGACGCUAAUGCUGUA